AUGAGGAAACUGAAGCUCAGGGAGCUGAAGGCACAACCCAAGGUCACACAGCAGAGGAGGUUUUCCUUCGGUUCCCGCCUAAAGCGCCGCGGUGACGCCCCGCGGGGCAGGUCCGGGCGGCGCGCCGGGCGCCUUCAAGUCCCUAGUCCCGAGCUUGCAAGUGCGGGCCUGCGCCCCGCGCGGCGGCGGAAGCGUCUACCCUCGUGUGCCGACUCGUCGCGCCCAGAACUGGGCUGGGGCGGUCCUGUCCCCGCGGGCUCCGGGGCCCGCCUUAGGUACACUGGCCCCUGCGCCCCCUCUCGCCACCGCGGAACUGCCCCCUCGCGCACUCCUAGGCAUUCGAUCCAUGUGAGACGAGACCCCAGCAUCCCCACCUAUGGACUCCGACAAUCUAUCUUACUGAACACCAGGCUUCAGGACUGCUAUGUGGACUCGCCAGCUCUCACCAACAUCUGGAUGGCCAGAACGUGUGCAAAGCAGAAAAUCAGUGCCCCACAACCAGGUACCACCUCUUCCUGGGAAGUUGUAAAGAACCCGUUAACUGCCAGUUCAUUCUCCCUGGUUAAGCUGGUGCUCCGGCGACGACAACUGAAGGAUAAAUGCUGCCCGGUACCACGCAAGUUUGGAGAAGCAAAACCCUCGAAGAGAUUAAAGCCCAAGGACAAUUCAGCAAUGAAAGCCACCCAGCGGGGCAGGAUAAGAAACUCCAUUAGUUCCAAGAGCAAGCGGCCAGUGGGGCAGGGGCCAGGCUCACCUAGGUGCAGGGGGCCUGCAGGAGGCAUCAAUGAGAGUAAAGAAAGUUCAAAGGAGAAAAAAGUAACAGUCUGCCAAGAUCUUGAGAGCAGAUAUGCUGAACAUGUGGCUGCCACCCAAGUGCUACCCCGGGACAUUGGGACAACAGCCUGGAAGGGCCGAGCGUUGCUUCCUGAAACCAGAAAGAGACAGUCGUCAGAGGACACGCUAACCAUCCACGGCCUCCCCACAGAGGGUUACCGGGCUCUGUACCACACCGUGGUUGAGCCGAUGCUGUGGAAUCCUUCAGGGACCCCCAAGAGGUACAGCUUGGAGCUGGGCAAGGCCAUCAAACAAAAGCUCUGGGAAGCUCUGUGCAGCAAGGCUGCCACCCCCGAAGGCACUCAGAAGGACCUGCGACCAGGCAGGAAGCGGCUGGAGGUCCACGAGGAGCCUGUGCCCAAGAAAUGGCCCAAGUUCAAGACGGAGAAAUAGGAACAGGAGCUCACAGGAUCGGGAUAUUCUCUGCUAGAUGUCUGAAAAAUAAACACCACUUUGCACCUUCCAUGUAAUCUGAGUGCUUUACAAAUUAGUAACUACCCUCCCCGGGAAACAAGGCAAAUGGGUGCGAGAUUCAUUUCAGACUGAGGGCCCCCCUCCACUCUCAUGAUUAGGUAAUUUCGAGGGCUAGAUGCUGGGGGCUUUUUUCCUACAAGCCCCUUUCCCUUAACAGGGGCUUGAGGGUCUCUCAGUCUUCCAGGUAGGAAAAGGCCUGGUAGAUGAAGUCGACAGUUUAUAUAUAGCCUAUAUUCCCUAUUUUUAGAAAGUGGACUGCUAGGAUCGACUAUUUCCCUCACUCCCUCCACACAGGGCUGAGCAGAAAAACUACCACCACCUCAAGGACAUAAUCCCACACACUCGCUGUCAGAUACUCCCCCUGACACCACCCAAAUCCUCAAUAACCUGAACUCUGUGUUAACAGGAGAGGAAUUUAUAGACACUUCCACGAGCGACUUGAAGUUAAGGGUAUUGCUUCAGGCAAACCUCUCCUUUGUGGAAACCGUAGACCUUUACCAAAUAGAGCAAUGACAACAUGUAACACGUACUUGAUAAAAUUGUAUUUUUUUUACAGUCAUUUGUACAAUUUGUUACAAAACCAUAGAAGACUAUAACUUGUUUUAAAUCAUUUUUGGUCGGCAAAUAUGUAAAAUCUGUGUGCAAUUAUCAUGUAUUUACAGGGCCGCAUGUUAGUCAUUUUCAAUGAUUAUUCCAACAAUGUCACACUCUCAACAUAAGACAUGGCUUAAGAUAAAUAUAUUAGUAAAUAAAUAUUCUGAGAACAUAUUUCCAUAAAUGAAAUGUGCUGCUAUACAUAUACAGAAUAUACAUAAGUUGUUUUCUAGCCUUUAAAACAUUUUUUAAAAAUGGUAAUGUUGGAGAAGGAGCCCUUAGACCAUUUUAUUACAAAAUCUUUACAGCAAAGUCUUUACAAAAUAUCUUUUAAGUGCUAUGGGAGAAAGUUUUUAAAAAACAUUUUAAAAUAGUGCCUUGUUAGAC